UAAAACAGCAUUUAAUGGAACACGUCUUCUGUAGACAAUGUAAACCUUCUGAAAUCGAAAGUUUUUUUCUGUCAUUCUCUAAAACCUACAUGCAGCAGAACUUUAAUGUCCCUUAUUCGUAGAAAUAGCAAACAAAAGACCUAUCUCAGAUUAUGAAACUAGGGCUGACAAAGACAGUGGGUGUAAGACGUCUGCUCAGGCAGUGGCCUCCUGGCACCCUUGUCACCCUGAGUAAACAGUGCUCCCCUGACAGAACCUCUGUAGCUCGGCCAGGUUGAUAAAAUCUGACAUUCUGCUUCAUCACUUUUUAGUGAUAUUCUUCCUUUUGUUCUUGGUAUGUGAGAAAUCAGCUUUUUUUUUUUUUUUUUAAGGUGUGGGAAGAAUUAUCUUUAAGUUCCUAAUUCAGUAAAAUGGGCUGGUAAAUGCACAUAUAAUUCUUGUAGGGAUGGGAAAAUUAUCUAAUUUCUGUUUAUCAAAUGUCUCUUCGUAAAUUUUUAAAAAGUUCUAAAGUACCUGAAAUCACGUGAAGGAGAAAAUCUGGGAUAAAUACUUUGGAGACCUUGCAAGAAAAGCAUCUGAAUUCCAGUAGUCUGUUGCAUGUCAUGACUGUAUACUAUUAAAAUGCCAAUGUAAAUAAGCCUAAGUUUUGCAAAUUAUCAGUUUGUUGAAAAAGGCUGUGUGCUCUUGUUCUUCUGAAGCAUCAUCUCUUUCAGUCUGGGCUCUGGAGGGAAAGAAGAAAGAAAGAAAAAUACACACUUGGGAUCGAAUCCUUUAGGGCAGAGAAAGGAAUAGAAUCCUUUCGUUGACUUGGUUAUUUGCAGCCGGUAUGCCAUCUGGGUGAGACUGAUGUAAUGCGGAUUGAAUGUUGAGGCAAAUUUAGGGACGUGUGUGUGUGUGUGUGUGUGUGUGUGUUUUAAAGCCCCACUCCCAGAAUUUGGAGUGAUUGUGAAGGACACCACGACAACCCCUGGAUCUGUCAAGAAUGUACCUAUUUUUAACAUCCUGGAUCAAGUGUCAGCUCUCAAUAGGAGAUGAGGAAGGGACCGCGUUCUACGGAUGCGGAUGGGAACCGGCCCUCUGGCGUGUUUACAAUACAGCUGUGCAUUCUUAAUGGGUCUGCCGCUGCCGCCAGUGCAGCUGUCUGCUUCAGGAAGUGAGGUCUACAGGAACAAGGUGAAUCUUUAAGAGCUGCCUUGCAUUGUGACAUGUCUAAUCCCUUGCUGCAGUCCUUACAGCAUGAACAAGGUGGACACUCGCUGACCUGUCACAAGGUUGCCCCACAGAGCUUUGGGGUCCAUGUCUGAAUGGAUUGCCGUAGCCUUCUCUUCUCUCCCUUCGCCCAGUUCCCUGCAUCCUAAGACUUGAAGCCAGCACGGGACCUGGAAAAAUUACAUGGUGUGAACGGCAUGUCUGUGGAUGAGAAGCCUGACUCCCCCAUGUAUGUGUAUGAAUCCACAGUCCACUGCACCAACAUCCUUCUGGGCCUCAAUGACCAGCGCAAAAAGGAUAUUCUCUGUGACGUGACUCUGAUCGUGGAGAGGAAGGAGUUCCGGGCCCACCGAGCCGUGCUGGCCGCAUGCAGUGAAUACUUCUGGCAGGCGCUGGUUGGACAGACGAGAAAUGACUUGGUGGUCAGCUUGCCUGAGGAGGUCACGGCCAGGGGGUUUGGGCCGCUGUUGCAGUUCGCCUACACCGCCAAGCUGUUACUCAGCAGAGAAAACAUCCGCGAGGUCAUCCGCUGUGCCGAGUUCCUGCGCAUGCACAACCUGGAGGACUCGUGCUUCAGCUUCCUGCAGACGCAGCUCCUGAACAGCGAGGAUGGCCUGUUUGUGUGCCGGAAGGACGGUGCGCGCCAGCGCCCGCACGAGGACCGUGAGAACAGCGCCGGAGAGGAAGAGGAGGAAGAGGAGGAGACGAUGGAUUCGGAGACGGCCAAGACGGCUUGCCCCAGGGACCAGAUGCUUCCAGACCCCAUCAGCUUUGAGGCCACUGCCAUCCCAGUAGCAGAGAAGGAAGAAGUUUUGCUGCCGGAGUCCGACGUGCCCGCGGACACCAAGGAGAGCGCGGCAAAGGACGCGUUAACGCAGUACCCCAGAUACAAGAAAUACCAGCUUGCAUGUACCAAGAAUGUCUAUAACGCAUCAUCACACAGUACCUCAGGGUUUGCAAGCACAUUCAGCGAAGAUAACUCCGGCAACAGCCUCAAGCCGGGGCUUGCCAUGGGGCAGAUUAAAAGCGAGCCGCCCAGCGAAGAGAACGAAGAAGAGAGCAUCACGCUCUGCCUGUCUGGAGAUGAGCCUGACGUCAAAGACAGAGCCGGGGACGUGGAAAUGGACCGGAAACAGCCCCGCCCCGCCCCCGCGCCCGCGCCUGCCCCCGCCCCCCCUGCCGGGGCCGCCUGCCUGGAGAGGUCCAGGGGCGCGUCCUCCCCCUCCUGCUUAAGGUCUCUGUUCAGCCUAACAAAAAGUGUGGAGUUGUCCGGCCUGCCCGGUACCUCUCAGCAGCACUUUGCCAGGAGUUCCGCGUGCCCUUUUGACAAGGGGAUCACUCAGGGUGACCUUAAAAGUGACUACGCCCCUUUCCCGGGGAAUUACGGACAGCCCCACAUGGGCCAGAAGGACGCAUCCAGCUUCACAGUGGGGUCGCCCCUCAAGGGGCCUGGGUUGGAGGCGCUCUGUAAACAGGAAGGAGAGCUGGACCGGAGAAGUGUGAUCUUCUCCUCCAGCGCUUGUGACCAAGUGAGCACGGCGGUGCACUCAUAUUCUGGGGUAAGCGGUUUGGACAAAGACCUCUCCGAGCCGGUGCCAAAGGGCCUGUGGGUGGGGACUGGCCAGUCCCUCCCCAGCUCACAGGCCUACCCUCACGGUGGGCUGAUGGCUGAACACUUGCCAGGAAGGAUGCGGCCCAACACCAGCUGCCCGGUGCCAAUCAAAGUCUGCCCUCGCUCGCCCCCCUUGGAGACCAGGACUAGGACUUCCAGCUCGUGUUCCUCCUACUCGUACGCGGAGGACGGGAGCGGGGGCUCGCCCUGCAGCCUUCCUCUCUGCGAGUUCUCCUCCUCGCCCUGCUCCCAGGGCGCCAGAUUCCUGGCCACAGAGCAUCAGGAACCGGGCCUGAUGGGAGAUGGAAUGUACAACCAAGUCCGACCCCAGAUUAAAUGUGAGCAGUCUUACGGCACCAACUCCAGCGACGAAUCCGGAUCGUUCUCGGAAGCAGACAGUGAGUCGUGUCCUGUGCAGGACAGGGGCCAGGAGGUCAAACUUCCCUUUCCUGUGGAUCAAAUCACAGAUCUUCCAAGGAAUGAUUUCCAGAUGAUGAUUAAGAUGCACAAGCUAACCUCAGAGCAGUUAGAGUUCAUUCACGACGUCCGCCGGCGCAGCAAGAACCGCAUCGCGGCCCAGCGCUGCCGCAAGAGGAAGCUGGACUGUAUUCAGAACUUAGAAUGUGAAAUCCGCAAACUGGUGUGUGAGAAAGAGAAGCUGUUGUCAGAGAGGAAUCAGCUGAAAGCGUGCAUGGGGGAACUGCUGGACAACUUCUCCUGCCUUUCCCAGGAAGUCUGCCGAGAUAUCCAGAGCCCCGAGCAGAUCCAGGCCCUGCAUCGGUACUGCCCUGUCCUCAGACCCAUGGGUCUCCCCACAGCCUCCGGUAUGAACCCCGUGCCCUUGGGCGUGGAGAACCUUGCCGCCCCCCAGUGUGCGGUGGAGGAAAGCGUGCCCUGCUGCUUGGAGCAGGGCACAGGGGCCCCCGGGCCCCCCUGGGCGCCCAGCAGCGCCUCAGAGAACUGUACUUCUGCUCGGAGGCUGGAAGGCACUGACCCGGGAACCUUCUCAGACAGAGGACCUCCUCUGGAACCCAGGAGCCAAACGGUGACCGUGGACUUCUGCCAGGAAAUGACUGAUAAGUGUACAACCGAUGAACAGCCCAGGAAAGAUUACACCUAGUGACGGCCUGCCUCCUAGCUCUCAGCCCUCUCCCACCCAGGUGUCCAUGGGUCAGCCUGCGGUGCCGUCUGUCUGUCGUCUGGAAGAACCAAGAAGGAAUUUGGUGCACACUACAGCAGUCUUAGCAGCAAUACUGUUUCCAAGUAUUCUCUCCUCCCUUCAAGCAGGAGUGAUAUAUAGCUAGUUACCUUCACGAUGGUGCUACCCCUUGCUCAGGCAAGGAAAGACGACAGUGAUGAUGCUGUCUGUCUGUGGGUUCAUUUCAGUCUUAACAGGGAUAGACUAUAACACCUCUAGGACCCAACCACGGAUUUUUUUUCUCAGUGGCCCAUGUCACAAACCCUAUCUCAGGAAUUUCUUCUGAAUGUUCAAUUUUUUUCAUUGAAGACAGCUUCUAUACACAUCAAAGUUUUAUAGCUAGACUGUACAUAUUAUAUAUAAUAUAUAUAUAAAAUAUAUAUCUCUCUCCAUAUGCAAAAGUCCUGCAUGCCUCAAUUUUCUCAUCCUAAAACUGGAAACUUCGUUUCUCGUUUAUAAACAGGUUCCAACAUUCCUCUUCUUUUGUCUCUGAUGCUAGAACUAGUUUGUAACUGUUAAGAUGGUCGUUUUUCUUGCUUCACAGUUCACUUUCAAGUUGUGCUUAUUUAUGGACAGAAUUCAAUGUUGGAAGCUUUCUUUUAGGUUUUAUUUCAGACCUUUUUUUGUUUGUUUGGUUUGGUUUGGGGCACCGUCGGACGGUGCCAGUUGAGUAUCGUGGGUUUGGUUUUUUCUUGCAGAUACUGUACAGUCAAGGUCAACUUUGCCACUUGCACUGAGUUUUGGGUCAAACCUAUUUUCUUAAAUGAAGUUGUCACUUCAGUAUAACUCAAGUAAACUGUAUAUUCUUUGCUUUUAGUUUAAAAAGUAAAACAGUUAGCUAAUUAAAAAAGCACUCAGGUGAUAAUUAUGUAGGAAAAACAAUCUUGCCAAAUAAUGAAUUCAUCCUAGGAUGUAGACAAUAAUCUGCUUGAAUAUUUUUAUAUUUCACCCCCCCACACCUUUUCCUAAGCAAAGUUUAAAUGCAGAGAGUUCAGAGUUGAUGCUGGAUAUUCAGAUUCCUAAGUGGGGAAAGAGUUUGGACGUCUCACUCAAAAGCGCAUCGAAACAGCAGGAAUCGUGAUUUUGUACCAGAACUCAGCAGGCAUUGGCUCCUAAAUAGCAAGUUAGAACUGUUUUCUCAGCCCGGGAGUAAGUCCCAUUCAUUUCAACACUUCCCCAGGCCUCUGCUUGCUCUCGGAAGCAUAGGAUAGUAGGAACUUCUCUGUCGAAGGAUUUGGCUGCUCAGCAAGCCCGCUUCCCAGCCCGGGACCUGCCUCCCCCGGGGAAUCACCUGAGGGGGUCUGAAUCACAGCCCUGGGGGUGCCGCCCUUAGGUGGCCGUCCUGGGGUUGACGCAGCUGGCCCAGAGUAGGAGAGAGCAGGACAGAUGUUAGCCUGAGGUCUGUCCCUGACGCAGGCAAAAGCAUUUCUUUCUCCCUUCUUUCUCCAAAUACUUUGAGUUGAAUUCUGAGGUUUUUCCACCCUUCUCUAGUCCGAAGGCAGAUUUCAUUCUGCGGCUUUGGACACGACAUGGCCAGGAGCCCUCCCUGCCCCCCCACUCACCAGGCACACACCUUACCCUCACCUGAUGAUCAUUUCCUUCUCUUGCUGCAAAACUAGUUGGCUUGCAACCCACAGAGAGCAGCUUCCCUUGGCUCAGGGGGCACGUUGGCCCCUGGCCAUGUUUACAGGAAGGUGUGCUGGACGCCACAGACGGUGCAGGGGAGAGAUCAGCUCCCUCCCUCCUCCGGGCCGGCUGCAGGAAAAGUCCUGAACAGUCUGAUGUGGGGAUGGGGUGGUGGGUAGUGGGGACUAGGUGGUUGAUUUUGUUUCUUUAUUUGUGCCAUUGUUUGGACGAUAUUAAAGCUGCAUGUAAAAGGAGAAAUUAGUAUAUGACGUAGGCGAAAAGUGAAAUCAUAGUAACAUGUUUUAGUAUUCUUAACUUUUUUCUGUACAAAUAUUAGUGCUAAAUGUUUAAAUAUGUAUGAAUGCCAGAAAUUUGUUGGUUCAUGCGGUAGGAUUAAAAAAAAAAAAAAAGGCUUUUCUUUGAAAAUAGUUCCACUUUUAAAACCUGCCUCUGGGUUUUUGUUUUUUUCUCAUGGGUGUAUGUAUGGUGCGUGCUUGUCUGAGACAGACCGUGAUCCAGCUCUGAGUUGGAGGUACCGUUUUUCUUGUGGCUGUUGGGAUUUCUUGGCCUAGUAGGAGAGUUCUGUGCUUCACCGUGAGGUUUGCCUUUGGGAAAAACUGGUGACAGCUCGAAUUUAAACUCGGUGUGAAUCGCGGGAUCCAUCGCAGGCGUGUGUUCUGGUGGAAGAGUCGGCCAACAGUAUUUUUUUGGUUUUUUAACUCUCUUGUUGCCUUUUUAAAGUGACCUCCUCUUCUUUGGAAAAAGGAAUGUUUUCUGCUCGUAUCGUAACAAGGUCCAAACCAGCUCGUUGGCGUGACGACGCUGGUCCAACGCACGUGCGUCUGGUAGUCUCGAUCCUAUUCGUGCCGUCCCCGUUCUGUUGUCCUGCGCGGCAGGCCUCCCGCCGUGGGGGGAGGGGUGUCCUCUAUUCCCCUCCCUGCUAACUCAGCCCACAGCCUCCUGCCACCAGACCUUCCUCAGGCCCACCCCUGCCACCCUGGCCGUGGGAACUGGUUAAAAACACUGCCGGAGAAGCCGUCUUUUCGAUUUCUUAGAGAUGUGAACAAGGUGUUGGGAUCUGGUUCACUAUCCACCAGGAACAAGCGACUGGCUUUGUGCAAUUGUUGACGUGACGCGUCUGUGUCUCUUACGGCUCUGAACCAUGUGCUUGUCAAGAUUAUUUCCGGGUUGAUUCAAAGGGAGGACUAGCUGGGGACCAGGGUCCGAGUUGCCUCAAGUGGAAUUUUAAAAACCAGCCUGUCUCCUUUCCCUGGGAUCCCUUCGUGCAACUCGUGUCUUUUCUGAAAGAGAAAAGCAAGGUAACAGCAAGGAAUAGCAUUGGCACGGCAUGGUGACAUUUGGUGGUAUCUUUAUGGGUCCAUCCUUUACAGAUAUAAAGGACUCUCCAGCUACGGAAUGUUCAGGAGGGUCCCUGCGACAGGCGAGUUAUGUCUCCAGGUGGCUGGGUCAGGCAUGGGCUAUUGGAACGGGGACAGUGGAGGUGGCCCUGUGGCUACUUAACACCCGCCUGAAACUAGUCCUCUCCUCGGAUCUGCCUUUGUUCUGCUUGUGUCUCCGGACAACCUCACUUCGUUCAGGUUGGUCAGGCUUGGGCAGGUGCAUGCUUUGCCGUAUGUGUCCGUUUCUCUUCGUUAUCUGGGGGUGCCUUGAAUAAAAGAACUUCAUGACAUACUGAUUCUGGAACAAAACCGUUGCAAAAACGAACAAAAAAAGAGCCGGCAAAGUCACUAGCCCACCUGCUCCUUCUCUUCUGGGUUCCCUAACAAUGACUCAGGCGUCAGAGGUGAUGCUGCACUAGGAAAUGUUAUUUUGUAUAGUGUACAAGUAAUUUAUUAACUGUCUUUCUAAAGGUAUGCUGCUUUUAAGAUGCACUAUGAUUUUGGAUUUAAUCCUUGUGUUGCUUUCCCAAGGAAGUAAAAAAAAAAAAAAAAAAAGGCUGGUGAUUAGUAUGUCAACUGCCACUUCUCCUUGAAAAGGAAGGCAGGGGCCAGCAAUAGGACUUGUAUGGGGGGACUGCUAAAAGCCAGGUGGGCACACUGUGAAGUCCAGUGUUAACCAUCAAGAGGUCUAAACCUACACUUUCUCUUUUAAUGCUUUAUGACUGCCAUUAUA